UGCUCGGCACGAUUUAGUCUGCUCAGUCGUUGCCAUGGACCCGCCGGCCGACGUGGAACGCGACGCCGAGAAGGGCGAGGAACCUGGCGAGUUACCUGUGGAGCAGCGCGAGCCAAGAGAGGCUGAUGGUGCAGAUGAGGUCGAGAUCGAAGGUGAGAAGAAGCGCAAACGGCCAGGCUGCGCUGCGAGGCUAAAGAGCGUGGAGCAAUGCUUGGACCGGCUGCCCUUCCCGCCGGGCGUUCCUCCCCUGCGGUGUGUGCGGCAGCCGGGCUGUUGCCAACGCACAUGGGAGGCGAACCGAAGCUGCAGGCGUUGCGGGCGAUUGGGAUUUGGCAUUUUUGGCAACUUCAGGAAACUCCUGCUGUUCGUGUCCCUCACCCUCUCCACGGUUAGUGCGCUCCUGCGUGGCUUGCCAGCAGCAGCUCUCAGCACCGAUCGAGGAACUCUGAGUCAAUGGCCUUGGGCUUAUGGCGACUACAUUUGCCUGCAGCAGGAUAAAUGCAAUGGCCUUGAGGCGAAGAUCUACAUUGGCUUGGAGUCGCUCCUCGUGGAUUCGCGAAGCUUCAAUAUCUACAAGGCCAUCCCAUGGGCAGCCGAUGAUUGCGUCGAGAACUUGGAGUCCCUGGGCGCUGGCAGCUACUGCGCCGUGUGUCGCGACGCCUCGCGAGGAUGUGCGGCGAUGGCUUUCCUGUCCAUCGCAUGCAGCCUCUUCAACAUUUGGGCCGACCUCCAACGCAUGCGCGCGAGGAACGACCACAAUUGCAUCAAGACCGUUGCUAUUGUGAGCAACAUCCUGGGUGCGUUGCAGCUGCUCUUGGCGGUGUCCAUCUUCCAAGGCUUGUGCGUGGCAGAGUUCCCGCUGGAGGAUGCGGAUCAAACCUUUAGGAUUGACCUGGUCAUGGGUCGGGGAGGCGCCUUGAUCGCUAGCGCUUGUUCCAUCAACGUCUUCAACCUCGUAGUGCAUUGGCUGAUCCCUGUCCCAGAAGCCCGCUGGAACCCGAACGCAGAUGCCGAAGAUGACCCGGCCGCAGACUUGUGGCAACAGAAGAGCAUGUCCUCAGUGAUGCCGGAGGGCCGGCCGGGUGCCGUGAAGCGGGGCUGGACGGAUGAUCCCGCCAAGUUGCUGGUCCCGAUCCACAAGCCUGAGAAGAAGGAGGAGGUCAAGGAGGAGCCCAGGCUUUCGGUCAAUAGUGUCCCUCCCACCUGAGCGGCGAUAGCCUCUGGCCUGCCAAGGGGCAGCCGGGGCUGGUUGCGACGAACGAGAACACGAAGGAGGACCACGGACGCCCUGAACAGACACCGUGGGAGGGGGCCGACCGGGAGCCGAAGAGCGGGAGUCCCGGCGCUCGCGCCCCCGACCGGUGCAGGGGGGAAGGAGCGGUUUUGGGCGGUGGCGCAGUGAGAACUGCGACCUGCCAGGCGUUGGUGAUGUCUUGAGAAGAAGGUCCAAGGUCU